UAUAUCUCUAAAAAGGAAGACAUUUAUCAACAUAUUACUCACAUGACACUAAGUAAUAGCCUGCCUUCAUCAAGACUCUGGAAGGAGGAAAUGGUGAGUGCUAUGUUACAUGCUAAAAAGGAAGUGUAUUGUAAUUAUUUUUCUGUGAUGGACAUUGUACAUUAUCAAACCAAUCUAAAACUAAUCUUUCUUUCUGUUUCAGGGUUUUGGUAUAAAAGUAGUUCAACUUAGAACAAAAUGCAAUAUAACCCUCAGAUGAUCUGAUAGACAAUAUAAAACUAUGGAAAAGAAGCGUUAGAUGAGUGUUUGUGGGUUUGAUUGGGAUAAAUUACACACAAAUGGAGCAUUACUUGUUGGCUGUUGUAAAUGGUCAAAUGCCAACACACCAAAGCCAGGAUCUGAAGGAAGUAAUCUUUUAGGGACAGAUGGAGCUGCUGAUUUAAGAGACAAGAUUCCAAAACUGUCAAGAACUAUAUUACAAGAUCCAGACAAGGAUGUGAACCUGGAGUCAACUGGAUCACUUAGUCUGGUUGAUCCAUCGUACGGAGAGACGGUCGGAGUAGAGACAUUUGAUUACUCACAUGGGAGGAAAGGAGAGAAGGUGACUGAUGGUUCUCUUGACCUGGAGUUGGAGAUAGAGGAAGCUAGGACAAAGCUCUUCAGCAAGCUUGAGAGCGAACAGAGUGACUUGAGAGCUCUGAUAAAGCAGCAGAGGGAAGAGGAGGCCCAUUCUAAAAAAGGCCCAAGUGCAAUGGGCUUUAGAGACACCCUCCUUGCCUAUGGAAAUGAGGACAAAAAACAAACAGACUCUGAUUUUUCCUAUUCAAAAGGGAAAAAGGAGGGUAAAGACAAACGUGGUUCAACUGAUGAUUCACGAUCAUCACGGUCAAAAGGUGACUCUCAGAAUCGGGGUAAAAGGAGAGAGAAAAGCCCAGGUAGUCCUAGUGGCUUUGACCUGGGAAGACCAUUUUUCUCCUCUGGAAAGGAAGGGCCAAUGUCCGAUUCGUCCGACUUGCGUGCAGCACUGAAGGAACUUGCAUAUCUGAGGAGUAUACAGACUGGCGGUGAAUACUCCCUUCCAAGAGAGGAAGAGGAGUACUUUAGGAAAAUCAACGAUUUGUCCAAGACUAGUAUUCUUGAUGAUCCGCUUGAUGACAGUGAUCGAUCAGUAAGAAAACGGAAACUUGAAAUAGACUUCCGAGCAGCACCAUCACGGUCGCCAAAAUCAAAGAAAGAUCCAGCAGAUCUUGGUGAAAGUGAGUCCAAAUGGGAAGAAGUUAUUGACAAGUUUAUUGUUGAUUCUCCAAAAGAGAAAGACCCUAAGAAAAAGCAUAAAGAUGCCAAUAGUCCCUACGGUCCCGCCCUUCCACCUUUUUCAGGCACUCUCUACUCUGACUUGGAGAUAGCCAGGCAGAAAUCAGAAGAUCGACUUGUGAGUAAAAAAGAUUCUCGACGCUUGAAAGACUCUUCACCUCCCCCUCUUACCUCUUCCCAAGAGAACAAGUUUAGAGGACGUGGCAGAGGGUUUAGAGGUGGCAGAGGCGAUCGUGGAACGCUGCGUGGUGCCUUAAGAGGUACUUUCCGUGGGCGUGGAAGAGGAAGGGGCUUUCAGGCUAUCAGAGGGGCUAGAGGGAGGGGAUUCAAUGAUCCAACUCGCGGUCGUCACAUUUUUAAGCCUGGAAGCCUACGAAGAAGUCGUAGUCGUACCAGUUUGAGUUCCAGAAGUAGAAGUAGAGAUAGAGGAGGGAGUCGCAGAGGUAAAAGAAGAAGCCGAAGUAGGAGCAGCAGCUACAGUUCCCGCAGUCGCAGUAGAAGCAGAAGCCGUGAUCGUGGCAGGGGUCGCAAAAGAUCCAGGCGACGUAGCAGAAGUAGUAGCCACUCAAGUUCCAGUCUCAGCCGUAGCAGGAGUAGAAGUAGAAGCCGGGGACGUGGUAGGAGACGAAGCAGAAGCAGAAGUUCUUCAAGGAAAGGCAAGCGACAGAGGAGCAGAAGCUGGAGUUACGAUGAAGAUUACUCAAAGUCUAGUAAAGGGAAAGCUACAGCUGCAAAAAAAGAUAAGAAGUUGAGCAUUGAUGCGAAAUCUAAAGAUGUGAGAAGCAAGAGCAAAUCCAAGUCAGUUGAAAAGAGAACAUCAACUGAAAAGAGUUCUAAAGAGCCUGACCCUGGAGUAUCAAAGAUGAUGGGGCCACCUUCACAGACGCAACUCCCCAACAAGGCUGCUUCAGGGGACACAGAGAAAAUACUCAGAAGAAGUCGAUCAAAGGAGAAGGACAUAAAAACCAAUCCAACUGUCCAAGAAGCCAAGGUUUCAGCAGUCACUGGUGUGUUUGUGCCAAGGACUAUUACUCGGACAGUCCAAGGAAUGAAGAUUCCCGCAGGCCGAGGUCUUAAAGCGCCAGCUCAUCCAGUAUUUAGAGUUCCUGUGGAUGAAGAAGACGAGGAAGAGGUCCCUCUAAGGAAGGAACCAGCCAAGCCCAAAAAGGCAGAGCCUAACAAAGAUGAUAUCGCUCAAAAUCAUAAGUUCAAGGCAGUCUUUGAAAGUGAGGUUGACAGAGUCUUUGGUAGGAAGGAAGCCAAGAAGGAAGCUGCUCCUGGGAGUGCUCCUGAGCAGGCUGCUGCAGCUGCAGACAAGCCAAAGGAGGAAGUGAAUAAACAGAAAAAGGAAAGCGACAAGCAAGAAGAGUCAAAGGAGAAUGAAGGAAAAGAGAUGACACGUAAGGAGAAGAGAAAAAAGAUCAAGGAGGAGAGAAACAGGCGAAAGAAAGAAAGGAAGCGGGAAAAGAGAAAGAAAAAGGCGGAAAUGGAUAUAUUUAGCAGUGAUGAAGAAGGAAAGAAAGCCAAUGAUGACCAGUUUGAUGAUCAGAGUCUCGAGGGCGGCAGCCACGUGGACCAAGGCGAUGUGGAAGCUCUACAAGAGGGCGUGGCAGCAGUGGGGUACGAGGACUACUAUCAGGAGGGGGGCGAGUACUACAACGAAGAACAGGGCUGGUACGACGAGGCCGGCCAGUUCCACCCCUACCAGGAGGGUGAGGUGUACUAUUACGAUGAGCAAGGUAAUAUCGUGGAGGGGUAUGAUGCUGGACAGGUUUAUGGACAGGAUGGACAGCUAUUGGCGCCUGCUGUAGAGGCUACUGAAGCCUAUGGCGAGGAGUACUACACCUAUGAAGGUGCCGACCAACAGGCUUACCCAUCAGAGCAGGUGUAUGUGGAGGGACAAGGGGAAGCACAAUAUGCGGACGACGAAUGGGAUUAUGUCGAGGACGUGGUCCCAGAAGCGGAAACGUACGGCUACGAGACCUACCAAGGUGUUGAAGGACAGGAAUACCUCGAAGCUGAGCAGUAUGUGACUGAUGCAACUACCUGGGAAGGCUACACUGAGGCCUACGUUGAAACCGAAGAGCAGCAGUGGAUUGCACCUGAGGCAAGCUAUGCAGAGGGCGGCGAAGAGUAUGUAGACUAUCAGUAUGACGCCUCUCAGGCAGGCGGACUAGAAGACUACUAUGGUCAGCAUCCAGGAGUCGUUGGUCAAGAAAGUCACUGGGACCAGCACCAAGGGGGCGAAGAGACGUACGCUAGGCCACAAGAGUCAUUUGAAAGACCGCAGGUUAUUGAUUAUGGUCACAGUGGCUUUGCUCAACCCUUGCCUAUUCAAGAUGACCUCUCUGCGUCUCAAGGGAGCCAGCAGCGAGCUCCAGUCAGAGAGAAACCUGCUCGUCCACUGAAGUCCAUACUGAAGAAGAAGAGUUCUGAUGCAGAGUCUACCUCUGUAGGCAACACUGCAACAGCAGCAGUAGCAGCUACCACUGCUAAACCUCGAAUAGGAGAGAAUGUCGGUCCUGAGUACAUAGUACGGCUUGCUGAUUCGGGGAAUAGGCAGUUCUAUUGCAAACUGUGUAAUUGCUACAUUGCUUCAGUAAUAACAAAGGAGCUUCAUGCCAAGAGCAUCAAGCACGUGGAGUUUUUUGUUCGUGAAAAGUCAUCCUUGCUUCAAAGUGUGCUUGGUGUUCCAACAUUAAACGCAAUUGAAAAGAACCAGGAGAAGGAGGUCGCAGCUGAAGUUCCCAAGCAAUUAGAAGAACAGCCUGCCAGAAACCUUCCUCAAACACAUCAACAGGUACACGGGAGGCUAGGUGAGUAUGAUGGCAGAGAGAGACCUUACGUUGAUGACUCCAGACAAGUAGAACACCAAAGCUCACCGGAGAGGUCACAGGCUACGGAACGCAGCGGAAGAUUAGACCAUGAUCGACUUGAGGCAUAUAACAAGCAGGAUCAGCACAACCAUGAUCGCUAUGAUAUCAGGACAGGUCGAAUGCCUGAGGAGAAGCACUUUACUCGUGAUGAUAACAGAAGGAAUGAAGAUAGAAUACAACCUGGACGACCCAGACCGCGUCUCGAGCCUGCUGAUAGGGGAAGAUCACAAAGGUCUGACAGGCGAUCACUUGAAUCUGAAAGGAAACCAUUGCGAGAUUCCGAAAGAAGGGCUCCAGAUAGUGGCUAUGAGCAGUCUAGAAACGAUGUUCCCAGUGGCAAUUUCGAUAAACGAGAAAGUCAGUAUACUCGAAGUUUACUUAGGAAUACAUUCUCUGGGCUCCAUGAUUCGCAAACUCAGCAAGGUGACCACCAGAGACGUUUGUCUGCUGAAAAGCAAAAUCAGCCACCUUAUCAAAGGCCUGGAGAUCGAUCAAGAGAUAGUGGAGAACAAAGAAGCAGUAGCGACAACAGAAACUCAAAUGAUGACGUUAAGGCUGGUAAAUCUCAAACAAGAGAAAAUCCUCAAGAAAGGGGCAACAAAGAAUCAACGGUGGAAUCAAAAGAUGUAAAGAACCUCAGAGAAAAUGAGGCAAGGAGAAGCUCAUCACCCAAAGAUAAAAGGUCAAGCACCCCUGACUCAAGAAAACCAACCGGCGAAAACAAAUCUCAUAGAAACGAUAGGAGACCACCAACACCUCAAGAUAAAAAGCAAGAACCUCCAUCACGGCCAGACCCUCAGCAAGUUGGUAGAGGUCAUCCAUCGACGAGAGAGCCCCAGCGCACUGCUCCAACACCAAGAACUCAGCAGCCACCAGCCAGAGGUAGAGGGCUACCUGCUGGGCGUGGUGCACCAAGGGGAAGAGGUGUGCCCCCUCCUCCGCCACGUGGGGGUGGACAAGGUUAUCCAGCUCAGGGAGGAAGAGGUGCCUACCAACAACAGCCAGCGGAGGGAAGGCAUGUAUCUGACCUCUCCCAAAAGCCAAAUAGGUCACUAAAUCCCCCCCAACGCCCUUCACGUGAAGCACCACCGGCACAACCACCAACUUACAGAAAUCCAGCCCAAGCUCCAUUCGAGGCUACACCGCGAGAGCAUUUGCCUAAGGCUCCCCAAGCUUCAGGUCAAGGUGCUUUUCCCAUAGGAGCAAUACCUAGAGGUGCAGUUCCUCGUGGGGCGGUGCCAAUCAGAAGUACUGGUGAUGGAAGCCUUCGACAGCCAGCUUUAAGCAGGUUUAGCAGUGUUGCUGUUCGAAGUCAACCGGCACGUCCUCAGCCACCUGCACCUCCUAUGCAUGCAGGUAGUAUCCCUGCUCAAUCAAUCCCAGUUGCCCCCAGCCGUGGAACUCGCCAGUACCCGCCAAGAGGUGCUCCCAUGAUGCACAGAGGAAGGGGUCAUCCUCCGCCCCAGUACACUGGUGGCGUGCCUGCUCACAGAGCUCCACCUGCUCCUACCAGGGGAGGCCCGCCGUAUCGCGGAAGCGGUGCCUCAUAUCGUGGCCGGGGUCGUGCAUGGUAAUAGGUCUUUCUCUGUAGAUAGGUAGUUAUGAAGUAGCAAGACUUGCAAAUCAUAAGUAGGAAGUAUCAAGUAACAAUACUUGCAAAUCAUAAGUAGGAAGUAUCAAGUAACAAGACUGACACAUACUGCUUUUACUGUCUAUGGAGAAACGGAAUCCACCUCGUUAAAUAACGAAUACCUAAAUAGGGUGGCCGUAAGACAUUUGCUUUGGUUUUCUUGUCAUCACUGUUACCCCUCAACAGUCCAUUGAUACGUCGUGCCGACCUUUUGAUUCCAUGAUACCAUCGCUUCUCAUGAUAGCCGUUUGAUAUUGCGGUUAGACGUUUUACUUUGCGGAGUACGCGUUACUUGCUCGAAAUAUACAUUUUAUUUACGUACAAAGUUCAAAGCAACAACAAGUCCUUGUACUUAGAUAUGCAGUAACUUGUAAAUAUAACUGCAGUUGUAGCACACGUAGGUUGAUAAAGUAAUCAGCGUACUCUAAGAUCAAACCUUUGUCAUUCUCUCGUGUGCCAUGAUAAAGGUUGAUCGGAAUAUUGGAAUAAAGGAGCUUAAUUUAAA